AAAGAUCCGUCCAUUACAGGGAGUCAGACAGGAAGUAAAGCGUUUAUCUUUAUGAAACAAAUGCUCGUGGUUUUCUACUAAGUUGUGGUUACGACCAUACCUCGUCAUAUUAACCCACAACAAUACAAAUACAUUACGUGCGCGGUUAUACGUUUUUAUUCCUUCCGUUCGUCCAAUUUCGGUCGUAUUAUUUCGCCUUUUACACUUAUUAAUGCACCUGAUUGGUUGAUUUCAAACAACGUACGACGCGCUAUAAGCUACAAGCUUUUGUUUUGAAACUACCAGACAGGAAGUCUGUCAAUUCUGCGAUUGCAGAAAGCUUGACAUUCGAAACCGCAGAUAAGACGAUGCUGCGCGUUCACGUCACCGCGAAGACAAAGGGAGACACGGAAGACGAGCCCGAGUUUCAGUUGUUCAACACGGUCAGUGAAGCAACGGGCAGUCGGUGAAACAGAGGCCGGACUCAGGGCCGUGUGAGUUGGGGAGACCACUGCCGCUGUCUGUCGCUGCUGCUGUGGGUCCGCAGCUCCGCUCGACUUCGCUCGUGCAGGGCGGGGCGGGACGGGGCGGGGUGAUGUUUAGGUUCCGGUAUAAACGCUGCGAGAAAAUGGGAAUCAGACAAGACGAAGAGGCGGCGGCCGCCGACGAUUCGAACCGGAAACUAGAAUGAGGAGUACAACGCUGUGGAGGAGACUUGCGGCAGUGUAAGGCCGCAGGAGAGGCGGGGGGAGAAGCGAGUGUGUGCGGUGUCCUGUCACCAACAUGAGGAGCACACUGACAAUCUGCUGCCUGCUCCUGCUCACAGGUGGCGCUAGAGCCACCGCGAAUCUGACAGCGGAGGGCAGGAACAAGACCGACCUGGGUCCAGGGUCUGCUGCUGGAUCUGGGAGCUACAUCAGGAUUGGAGACGGUUCCUCUCAGGAGUUUGAGUUUCCAGAAAACACCAACGGCGUUAUCGUGAUCUCCAGUCAGUACCAGAGCACGGCGGCGCCCAGCAGAAAGGGCCGCCAGAGUUGGAAGCAGACGGUACGAGUCCGUUCCUUAGACCCAGAGGUUCUUGCCAUCCUCAACGUUAGCGAUGGCGGCCACUCAGGUCCGGCUGGGAGCUACAUCAUCAGCAUCCGUUCUGGGUCACCAGGCUGGGCCCAGCUGCAGAUCCAGCUGCUGGACCUGAACCAGGACUCAACGCCAGUCCUCAUCGAGGAGAGGACAGACUAUGCCAUUAGGGUGGCGCCCGACAGUGACGACCCGGUGACGCAGCUCAUCCAGUCCGGGGGCCUCUCCCACUUCUCGGAGAACCCCGUGCUGUUUGCACUGUUGCCGCUUAUCUUCGUCAACAAGUGUGCCUUUGGGUGUAAGGUGGAGGUGGAGGUGCUGCGGGGGCUUCUCAAGAGCCCGGUCCCCCUGAUCCUUGGGGUUUUAGGGCAGUUCCUGGUGAUGCCACUCUACGCCUACUGCGUGUCCAGACUAGCUUCGCUGCCCAAAGCUCUGUCCCUGGGUCUGGUCAUUACCUGCUCAGCACCAGGGGGCGGUGGUGGCUACCUCUACAGCCUGCUCCUGGGCGGGGACGUCACCCUCGCCAUCUCCAUGACCCUGGUGUCUACGGUGGUGGCGGCGGCGGCCAUGCCACUGUCGUCUGCGCUGUAUGGUCGCCUGCUGGGCGUCCACGCCGCGCUGCACGUGCCCUUUGUAAAGAUCCUGGGAACACUCCUGUUCAUCGCCAUCCCCAUCUCAUUGGGCAUGUUGGUCAAGCUGCGGCUACCCGCCCUCACCCGCGUCCUGUUGGCGCUCAUUCGCCCCUUCAGCUUUGUGCUCAUCACUGGUGGCAUCUUCAUGGCCUACCAAAUGGGCGCCUCCAUCUUGGCUAACGUGAGGCCUCAGAUUGUGGCAGUGGGAGUGACGGUGCCUUUGCUGGGACUGGUGGUCGGUGCCGUCCUGGCCAGACUGGCGGGCCUGGCCACGCCCCAGAUGAAGACGGUGAGCAUCGAGGUGGGCGUCCAGAACAGCCUGCUGGCGUUGGCGGUCAUGCAGCUGUCGUUUCGGCGCGUGGAGGCCGACUUUGCAUCGCAGGCGCCGUUCAUCGUGGCGCUGAGCAGCACCACAGAAAUGCUCCUCAUUGUUCUAGGAUUCUACGCCCAGCGCAGAUUUUGCUCCGCCCCUGCCGCAGUUCCAGGAAGUGACUCUUGAUUGUAGCUCCAUUUCUGUUGUUGUUUUUAAGGUUUUUGAACUUCUUCGACCUGUGGACGAACAAUCAUCGACCUCCUCUUCACUGUUAUCAUUUCAACACCGGACGGUGAACUCACCUUUUCUGUGAUUCUUCUGUUCUCGUUUUCAUAUUUGUCAUGAAAACCAAAGGUCUUUUACGCCCCCUGGUGACACAUUUUCUGUGGUAAUUUUACAUGAUGUACUUUUAAAUCAGAUUAUACUGUGAUGUACUGAUAUGUGUAAAUAUUCCUACUAAGUGAAAAACCUCUGAAAGAUAUUUUUCUACCAGAUUACUUUUUGUAAUCCUGAAAAACUGAAAAAAAAAACCCAACAACUUUGUAUCGUCAUGUUUACAAAAGGUCCACGUGUCUUAGCCCUGUCCGGCCGCUGGUGUGGGCGAAGGUCGGGUGAGGUUCUGGGAGGGAAUCAAACAGGAAGUCCAUGAUGUUUUUAAAAGUACUGAUGACUGAUUGUGAAGUCUGUGAUGUGAGUAUUACAGAAGAUCUGAAGUACAAAAAUGAAUAAAAUAAUUGUUGAAGCAGA